CGCAGGCGGUCUCCUCGGGGCAGCCGUCCCACCUGCUGCGGGGGAACCGCCGCCCGCCCCGCCCCUGCCCGCAGCGCGGCCCCGCCACCCGGGAGUUCCCGCGAGUGGCCCCGGCCCAGGCCGCGCGGGGGGCUGUUCGGCUGGAGGCGGGAGCAGCCGGGCACCAAAAUAGGAGCCGCUGUGGGCUGGAGCUGCACUAGCAGGCAGCCUGCGCCGCGCCUCUUCCAAAGAUGGUCAGAGGGUCCGGAGGCGCCCCCGCCCCCGCUCGCCGCUAGCCCGCGGGCCACCCCGCGUCCCGAAGCCGCCGCCCGAGCCAUGGCUUUAAAAGGACAAGAGGAUUAUAUUUACCUUUUCAAGGAUUCAGCGCAUCCAGUGGAUUUUCUGGAUGCAUUCAGAACAUUUUACUUGGAUGGAUUAUUUACUGAUAUUACCCUUCAGUGUCCUUCAGGCAUAAUCUUCCAUUGUCACCGAGCUGUUUUAGCUGCUUGUAGCAAUUAUUUUAAGGCAAUGUUCACAGCUGACAUGAAAGAAAAAUUUAAAAAUAAAAUAAAGAUCUCUGGCAUUCACCAUGAUAUUUUGGAAGGCCUUGUAAAUUACGCAUACACUUCCCAAAUUGAAAUAACUAAAAGAAAUGUUCAAAGCCUGCUUGAAGCAGCAGAUCUGCUACAGUUCCUUUCAGUAAAGAAAGCUUGUGAGCAGUUUUUGGUCAGGCACCUAGAUAUCGAUAAUUGUAUUGGAAUGCACUCCUUUGCAGAAUUUCACGUGUGUCCAGAACUAGAGAAGGAAUCGCGAAGAAUUCUGUGUUCAAGGUUUAAGGAAGUAUGGCAACAAGAAGAAUUUCUGGAAAUCAGCCUUGAAAAGUUUCUCUUUAUCUUAUCCAGAAAGAAUCUCAGUGUUUGGAAAGAAGAAGCUAUCAUAGAGCCAGUUAUUAAGUGGACUGCUCAUGAUGUAGAAAAUCGAAUUGAAUGCCUAUAUAAUCUGCUAAGCUAUGUCAACAUAGAUAUAGAUCCAGUGUAUUUAAAAACAGCUUUAGGCCUUCAAAGAAGCUGCCUCCUAACUGAAAAUAAGAUACGAUCUCUAAUAUACAAUGCUUUGAAUCCCAUGCAUAAAGAGAUUUCCCAGAGGUCCACUGCCACAAUGUAUAUCAUUGGAGGCUAUUACUGGCAUCCUUUAUCAGAGGUUCACAUAUGGGAUCCUUUGACAAAUGUUUGGAUUCAGGGAGCAGAAAUACCAGAUUAUACUAGGGAGAGCUAUGGUGUUACGUGUUUGGGACCCAACAUUUACGUAACCGGGGGUUACAGGACGGAUAACAUAGAAGCUCUUGACACUGUGUGGAUCUAUAACAGUGAAAGUGAUGAAUGGACAGAAGGCUUGCCAAUGCUCAAUGCCAGGUAUUACCACUGUGCAGUCACCUUGGGUGGCUGUGUCUAUGCUUUAGGUGGUUACAGAAAGGGAGCUCCAGCAGAAGAGGCUGAGUUCUAUGAUCCAUUAAAAGAGAAAUGGAUUCCUAUUGCAAACAUGAUUAAAGGUGUGGGAAAUGCUACUGCCUGUGUCUUACAUGAAGUUAUCUACGUGAUUGGUGGCCACUGUGGCUACAGAGGAAGCUGCACCUAUGACAAGGUCCAGAGUUACAAUUCAGAUAUCAACGAAUGGAGCCUCAUCACUUCCAGUCCACAUCCAGAAUAUGGAUUGUGUUCAGUUCCAUUUGAAAAUAAGCUCUAUCUGGUUGGUGGACAAACUACAAUCACGGAAUGCUAUGACCCUGAACAAAAUGAAUGGAGAGAGAUAGCGCCCAUGAUGGAGAGGAGGAUGGAGUGUGGUGCCGUCAUCAUGAAUGGAUGUAUUUAUGUCACUGGAGGAUAUUCCUACUCGAAGGGAACAUAUCUUCAGAGCAUUGAGAAAUAUGAUCCAGAUCUUAAUAAGUGGGAAAUAGUGGGUAACCUUCCAAGUGCCAUGCGGUCCCACGGAUGUGUUUGUGUGUAUAACGUCUGAUUGAAUCCAUAGAAAUGACCAAGUAGUCACUCUUUUAGGGUGUAGUAAAAAAGAAUGCAGGGUUUGGAGUCCCUUACUUGCUUUGGGGCCUGGCACAUAAUAGGUAAAUUCUUACUCUACACCCCAACCCAGUGAUUAAUGGUCAAGAAAAAUCUUAUGUAUCUUUACAAUUGAAUCAGUAGGGUUAACACCUUUAAUCUCUGCUUUUCAAAGGUGAUAUGGAAUGUUGGAUACUUGGUAAAAGGUAAAAUACCUUUGUAGUGAAUUUUUUCUCCUGGUAGCAUCAACACUGGGUGUAGGUCAGAAUCAUUCUGUGGAAUGAAAUGUCUCUUAUGACCCUGUAAUGUAAUAGAUAGUGUACAGUAAGGUUCCAUUAGCUAGCAAAGAAUUUGAAAUGUAAGGAGGAAAUCUUCUCUACCUCUACAAAAUCAACACUUUAAAAACAUUUUUUUUCACCUUUAGAGUUAUUUAGUGUGUGAACUUACUUUGUUUUUUUCUUUGCAGUAUGUAUAAUUUAUUGUUAUUCUUUAUUUACUACUACCAGAGAUAUAGAAGAUACUGUGCAAAAGAUUAUUACUGUUCAGAGUUUACAAAGUAAAUUUAAAAGAAUGGCAAAUCUGAAAAGUUGCAGAGGAAAUAGUCAAACAUUUGCUGUUGCUGAGAGCUAUUUUUAAGUUUUAGCUUUGCUGUAAAUUGCUGGUUAAGGAGUCUUUAGCUUAAGCAUGUUAGAAAAUCCUCUUUAUUCUUAAGUAUAGAUCUAUGACUGCAUAUACAGUUGAAUUUUAGAGCCAGCAAGCCUGUAGAAGAGUUGUGAUAUAGUAGAAAAUGCAUUGAUGAGAAGAAAUUUGCAUUCAUUUCCCAGCUCUGCCACUAACUAGAUUUUGUGAGUUGGAAUGAGUCACUUAGCCUCUCCUCUUGGGCUUCCUGACUCAGGCCCAGGGGCACUUUGGGUCACAGGUAUGCCUAGAUAGGGAUCCCCGUGACCCUUGGGGUGGCCAGAGGUGUUCUGGGUGGCUGGAGCUUCUGGGCCAGAAACACCUUUGUCCAUUUUCCCCACUGUGCCUACAACAUCACUCUCCAGGUGCGCCAUAACUUGAGACGAGAUGGGAAGCAAUGCUUGAGUUAACUCAUCUAAAUGUUUAGUCACCUCUUAGACCAUCUAUCCACACUCUUCAUUUUUUUCAAGAGAAAGUAAUUAUUUUUAACUUUAAAUAUGGAAGUUUAAAACUACCUAACACUUCUGAUUUUUUAAAAAAAUUUUAGAAAGAAACUGUUUAAAUGCAUUCAUUUCAGAUGGCAUUUUAAAUUGAUACAACCCCUUGGGAAUGCAGUGUGGUACUACAUAGAAGAGCCGUAAAAGUGACCAUAUCUUUGCCCCAUAAAUAAUAUAAAAAUAAAACAAACAGAAAGAAGGUAAACACAUGAGGAUGUUUCUGUCUGCCUUAUAUAUAACAGCAAAAAAUUAGGAAUAAUCUACAUGUCAAAGAAGAAAGUGGGCUAAUAAAAAUAGUAAAGUAUUAUACUGCCAUUAAAAUAAUUAUUUGGAAGACUAGAAACUUGGACGUGUCUGUGAUAUGGUCAGUAAAAUAAGCACAGUACAAAAUAGUAUGCACACUAUGAUUGUGACUUUGUAAAAUCUUUAUGCAUGUGUAAGGUAAUAUGCAAAACUGAAAUUCGUUGUGUUAGUGUCUGGGAUAUGGAAUGAUUUUUAAUUUAUUUAAAUGUUUUUCUUUAAUAUUACUUUGUAUUUUCAA